AGCUCUACGUGACAACAUCCCUCAUUCCCGGGGACCACAUCUCUCUCUCUCUCUCUCUAACAAAUGAUCUGGAUCUGAAUUCUAAUCUAAUAAUAAUAACAAAGGAGAGUUGAAAAGCGCGCAGUGUGGUGUCGGUGAGAUCAGAAGCGGAAAGAUGAAGGUGAUUGAGAAGAUCCAGGCAGGGCUUGCGGAGGAAGGGAAGGUGGUGUUCUCUUUCGAGUUCUUCCCGCCCAAGACGGACGAUGGAGUGGACAACCUCUUCGAGAGGAUGGACCGCAUGGUUUCUCACAACCCCGCAUUCUGCGACAUCACUUGGGGCGCCGGUGGCUCCACCGCCGAUCUCACCCUCGACAUCGCCAACAGGAUGCAGAACAUCAUCUGCGUCGAGUCCAUGAUGCACCUCACCUGCACCAACAUGCCCGUCGACAAGAUCGACCACGCCCUCUCCACCAUCAAGUCCAACGGCCUCCAGAACGUUCUCGCUCUCCGCGGCGAUCCCCCUCACGGCCAGGACAAGUUCGUCCAGAUCCAGGGCGGCUUUGCCUGCGCCCUCGACCUCGUGAAACAUAUCAGAGCUCAAUAUGGUGACUACUUUGGCAUUACAGUUGCUGGUUAUCCAGAGGCACAUCCCGACGCCAUAGGUAGUAAUGGUGUGGCUUCACUGGAAGCUUAUCACAACGAUCUCGCCUAUCUCAAGAGAAAGGUUGAAGCUGGAGCAGAUCUAAUCAUCACCCAACUAUUCUAUGAUACUGAUAUUUUCCUCAAAUUCGUGAAUGAUUGUCGCAAAAUUGGAAUAACUUGUCCCAUUGUUCCUGGAAUUAUGCCUAUUAAUAACUAUAAGGGCUUCAUACGCAUGACUGGUUUUUGCAAAACAAAGAUACCUGCUGAAGUUUCUGCUGCCUUGGAGCCUAUUAAGGACAAUGAAGAAGCUGUCAGAGCAUAUGGAAUUCAUCUUGGAACUGAAAUGUGCAAGAAGAUUUUAGCUCAUGGGAUUAGGACAGUGCAUCUUUAUACGCUAAACAUGGAGAAGUCAGCACUAGCUAUAUUAAUGAAUCUUGGUUUGAUUGAAGAGACCAAAAUUUCAAGGCCCUUGCCCUGGAGACGCCCAGCGAAUGUUUUCCGUGUCAAGGAAGACGUUCGUCCAAUUUUCUGGGCUAAUCGUCCAAAGAGCUACAUUUCAAGGACUACAGGCUGGGACCAGUACCCACAUGGGCGAUGGGGUGAUUCUUGUAAUCCAUCAUAUGGAGCAUUAACUGACUAUCAGUUUAUGCGGCCACGUGCACGUGACAAGAAACUUCUUGAAGAAUGGGCUACACCUUUGAGAAAUGUUGAAGAUAUUCAUGAGAAAUUUAAGAAAUAUUGCCUUGGAAAAUUGAGAAGCGGUCCUUGGUCAGAAUUAGAUGGGCUUCAGCCAGAAACACGAAUUAUAAAUGAACAGUUGGGAAAGAUUAAUCUGAAGGGCUUCCUUACCAUCAACAGCCAACCGGCAGUCAACGGGGAAAAAUCUUCUUCCCCAUCUGUUGGAUGGGGCGGGCCUGGAGGAUAUGUUUAUCAGAAGGCCUAUGUAGAGUUUUUCUGCUCUAGGGAGAAGUUGGAUGCACUUGUUGACAAAUGCAAGGUUUUCCCAUCUCUAACCUACAUGUCUGUAAACAAACAAGGGAGUUGGAUAUCUAAUGCCAGCAAAACUGAUGUGAAUGCCGUAACAUGGGGGGUCUUUCCGGCAAAGGAGAUCAUCCAACCAACCGUCGUGGAUCCCACCAGCUUUCAGGUGUGGAAGGAUGAGGCAUUUGAAAUCUGGUCGAGGGGAUGGGCUUGCUUGUACCCGGAGGGUGACCCAUCCAGAAAAUUGCUUGAAGAGGUCCAGAGCAGCUAUUUCUUGGUCAGCUUGGUAGAUAACGACUACAUCCAUGGUGAUCUUUUCGCUGUAUUUGCGGAUUUCUGAUAUGAGCUGCGUUUCUUCCCUUCUUCCUCAAAAGGCCGCGUAAGCCAUUCAAACUGGCGCUUUUCUUGCGUUGGAUUAUAUAAUCUUACUGUUGUUGGAAUGUGUCAAAUUAUAAUCUUAUUAUUGCGUUGAAAUAACAAUCCAUUGGGAUUUUCAUACCUCCCCUCCCCUGCUUCAUACUGCAAAUUAAAAAUAUUUGAGUGACUAGUAAAUUCACUGGUCGAUUGUGUUUGGAUAUUUUUUAUUGGAUUUCAUAGAAACAAUCUUAUUAUUUGUAGAAA